UAUUUACGAAUAUUUAAGACGCGUGUGUAAGAACUCCUCAACUGCCCUUCUCCAAAAGUAAUUGACGCAAAAUUCUCUCUACUUCUCCCAUGGCCUCUUUGCUUUAGUUCUUCAGUGGAGGCGUUCGCCUUGGAGCUCACAGUACUCCUAUGAUAUCUCCUGUAACUAAAUUUACAGGUGGAGAGGGUUUGAAUGAUGCUUUUAUGGAAACUUGAGCUCGACGGCGACUUUUAUCUCAGGGGUCUCCUUUGUCGGUUUUGAGGGGUGUGUGCCGUCGAAGUCUUGAAUCAUGACAUCUGGAGCUAUGUGAAAUCAAAACAAGAACAUGGAGCAACCAUCUAUUAUUUCCCGUCCUCUUUUGCCUCUGCUGGUUCUGCUGCUGGUUCUGCAAUUUCUAUAUACAGGACAUGGCGAUUCUCGCAGUCACAGCAUAAGACUCAUAUGUGGCUUGAAACCAGAGCACAACGCAAGCUUGUAUGUGCCCAAUUUCGUGUCCACAAUGGAGAAGAUUAGCGACCAAAUUCGUGUAAACCGCAGCAACUUUGGUCUCGCAAUCACUGGCUCGGGCCCUGACACGAGCUUUGCAAUGGCUCAGUGUUAUGGAGACCUGACACCAAAUGACUGCAUCUUGUGCUAUGCAGAGGCCCGUACUCUGCUCCCACAGUGUUUUCCAGUAAAUGGUGGACGCAUUUUCUUGGACGGAUGCUUUAUGCGAGGAGAGAAUUAUAGCUUCUUUGGGGAGUUUUCGGGGCCUAAUGACACCCACAUUUGCGGGAAUUUGAGUAAACCGGGUUCUGAGUUUAGAAGUGCAGCACAGAGAGUUGUGCAGAGGGUUGUGCUCGAAGCCCCUGGCAAUAUGGGUUUUGGGAGGGGGUCGGAGGGGGUGAAUAAUGCAUCAGUUUACGUGUUGGGGAAUUGUUGGAGGACAUUGAACGAGAGCGCGUGCAGAGCAUGCUUGGGGAGUGCAGCAAGGGCCGUGCUCGGGUGCCUGCCGAUGUCUGAGGGCCGCGCCCUCUACACUGGCUGCUUCUUGAGAUACUCGGACUUUGAUUUCUUGAACAAUGUCACAGCUGCAACUGGGGGACAGUCUAGAGGCAAUAUGGUGGCCAUGGUGGUCGGCAUUGUGAGUGCGGUAGCGGCGUUGGCCCUGGGUGUGGUGCUAGCUCUAUUUAUAUUUAAACGCAGAAAAAUUCAAAAGAAAAGGCGAGGUUCUAAUUAUGGCACAAAAUUGACACCAUCACUGUACAAUAGUAGCUUGAAUUUUAAGUACUCCACAUUGGAGAAGGCCACAGGAUCAUUUGACCCUGCCAACAAGCUCGGACAAGGAGGAUUUGGAUCAGUUUACAAGGGGGUGUUGGGAGAUGGAAGGGAAGUGGCUGUGAAAAGACUCUUCUUCAACAAUAGGCAUCGUGCUGCUGAUUUCUACAACGAAAUUAACAUAAUCAGUAGUGUGCAGCACAAGAACUUGGUCAAAUUACUGGGUUGUAGCUGCUCAGGACCAGAGAGCCUUUUGGUUUAUGAAUUUGUUCCCAACAGAAGCCUUGAUCGCUUCCUCUUUGAACCUGAGGUGGCAAAGGAGUUGGACUGGGAGAAAAGAAUGGAAAUAAUCACAGGAACUGCAGAAGGAUUGGCAUAUCUCCAUGAGGAAUGUGAGAUCAAAAUAAUUCAUAGAGACAUCAAAGCUAGCAAUAUCUUGCUUGAUUCAAGGCUCAGACCGAAAAUUGCAGACUUUGGCCUGGCUAGGUCCUUUCAAGAAAAUUUAAGCCACAUUAGCACAGCCAUUGCUGGAACACUAGGAUAUAUGGCCCCUGAGUAUAUAGCCCAUGGUCACCUAACCGAAAAAGCAGAUGUUUAUAGUUUUGGUGUUCUCCUCCUUGAGAUUGUUAGUGGAAAGCAGAACAAUAGGAGCAAAUCCGUGGAGUACAUGGACAGCUUACUCACAGCGGCAUGGAAGCACUUCCAAUCGAACACAGUUGAGGGACUCAUUGACCCCAUUAUUUAUAGCAAUAACAAUGAAAAUGUGAAAGCAGAGAUAUUAAGGGUGGUUCAUGUUGCACUUCUGUGCACACAAGAAGUUCCAACAUUGAGACCAUCCAUGUUGAAGGCCCUGCAACUGCUUGUAAAGAAAGAACAAAAUCUGGCAUUGCCAACUAGCCCCCCAUUUAUCGACGAGAAGACAAUGGAAUAUAGUGACGCAACUGAUGGCCCUCCCCGCCCUCUCUAUCCUUCAUCUGCGACAGUUUCUUAUAGUGAAGUUUACCCUAGAUAGCUGACCAUAUGGACAAGAGAGAAAAAGGAUAUGAAAAUGUCCCAUAAAUGGCAUACUUGUGGCCAUGGGAGCAAUGGGGCCUUCGGCAUCGCAGAGUGCAUUUCUGAGUGUUUUCUUUUCUUUCUUUCUUUUUACGAGGAAAUUUUUCCCUGGAUAAUUGUGUACAAGAAAGAAAAAGAAAAUAAAGUUAAUUGAAAAAGGGCCAUGAUUAUCUUCAAA